AUGCAUCAGCUGACAAUGCUGUGUCUUCACUCAACCGAGUUGGCGCAGCCCAGUGGGGAGUUGCAGUCUCAGCAAGAUAACAUGACUAGAAUAUGCAAGGAGAACAGGAAGAUCUGGUCAGACCACGAUGAGCUCCAGCUCUGCUACAAUGAAGAGGUCUACAACGGGGGAUCAUGGAAGAAAGACAAGGAGUGCCUCGAGAUCAAGAACCAGGAUCUCACCAAGGCUUAUGAAUCCUCAACCACUGCACAAAGCGAGCAGCAGAACCAGAUCAUCUCUCUUCACUUGCAAGUGCGUGAACUGCGGAGCAUGCUCAACGACACAGAGAUGGACAGGGCACUGCUCCAGAAGGCACGGCGUGCACUGCAGGCUGAGCUGGAUGCCAUCAAGAUAGAUAAAAUCAAUACCAGCAAGAUGACAUCUGAGACAGAAAUGCAGAAGCUGAAGCUGGAGAAGCAAGACCUGGAGCGGACACUGGAGGAACAGAAUGAUCGUGUGAAAAUAGCAUUUGAGAGAAUGAAAAAGGUUGAGAACUACACAAAUGAGUGCCAAAUUGAGUUGGGCAAGAUCAGGGUAGAAAAUUUGGAGCUGGACAAACUCAAUGCCAACCUGGAGAAGCAGAUCAAGGAGCUCAACGUGUGCAUUGUCGACCUCUAGA